UGAGGCAUGGGAAAAGACAUUUUUCCCGAUUCCAAACACAAAGAAUGUCUUUCUGGUUCACUUGUUACUAGCAAAAUGCAAGAGAGCCAAACACGGCAGGUUCGGUUUCAUAAGCUUUGUCAUAAUUGCAAACCUCACGCGCUAGAUUGAUUGAUGGACACGCGGACAUUGUGAGGCAUUUUCUUGACGCGCCAUGCGGUGAAUAAAUAAUGCUUCUUAAACGAAACUCUACCUAAUAAUGGCUGAACAUGACCUGUAUAAAAGAUAACGUUUCCAGCUAACGUCUCCGCACUGUGAUUUUCAACAUGAUCGUGGAAAGGAAGAAAAAGUACACUCUUUUCGCACUAUUAGUAUUACGAGCAUCGUUUGUGUUUGGCGGUAAGUUCUGCUCUUCACAAAAUAUAUUUUACCAUAAUUCUCACUUUCGGGCACUUGCAGCUCGUAAAAAUCUCAUUGCUCUAAAUGAACGAUCCAAUCAGUCCGGCAUGAUAAGAGGUAUCUCGGAAAUGGUGAACCUGCUAGCACCCAAAUCGUUAGUGAUUUUGGUACAAAACGAAACCAAAAUCGAUCGUCUUGACAAGCUCACCGUAAUGAUCCAUCACCAUAACAUACCCACCUGUGUCUACUACGAUCUGGAACAGUACUUCAGCUUGAUUGAGGAAAAUCUGGAGAAAUCGCUGGAAAUUACAUCACUCAUAUUCUGUCACCCGGAAGACAUGUUGCAGGACAUCACCGACAGACGCUUGGCGCACCGGCUCAGUUUGUUCAUAUUUUACUGGGGUGCUUCGCAGCUGCCGGCCACCUUGAACCAUAAUCUGCUAAAGGAACCAUUUCGUGUGGCUAUAAUUACCAAUCCCAGGCGCAAUAUCUUUCGAAUAUUUUACAACCAAGCCAAGCCAAACAAUCGUGGCGACAUGGUAAGCGUGAACUGGUUCGAUGGUAAUGACAUGACGUUCAAACGGGUGCCACUACUUCCCUCGCCGACGGAGGUCUACAAGAACUUUGAUGGGCGCAUUUUUAGCAUUCCGGUCAUACACAAACCUCCAUGGCAUUUUAUUAUUUAUGGCAACGUGAGCACCAACGCAGCUGAUAUGACCAACGGUACCAACAGUGAUGACGCGGUGGGUUUCGAAAUGGAGCUGGAAAAGAAUGUUACGGUAGAAAGCGACGAUACCUACUUUACGGUGAAAGGUGGACGCGAUCACAACUUGAUGCAGUUGAUAGCGGAGCGGAUGAAUUUCAGCUUUCAGUACGUGGAACCACCCGAAAAGAUUCAGGGCAUAGCUCUCGGGUCGGAGAACAAUGCUAGCUUUUCGGGCGCUCUAGGUAUGCUCCAGCGCAGGGAGGUGGAACUGUAUCUUGGAGAUGUAGCUGUAACGUGGGAAAGGAUGAAAGCGGUCGAGUUUUCUUUCUUCACGUUGGCCGAUUCGGCUGCCUUUGUAACACACGCACCGCGGAAGCUGAACGAAGCUUUAGCCCUAGUGCGUCCAUUUCAGAUUACGGUUUGGCCACCGGUGAUCAUAACUAUUUUGAUUUCUGGUCCUAUAUUAUACAUCAUUAUUUCCACGCCCUAUCGGUGGAGAUAUGGUUAUAAUCGUGGUAAUUUGAGACAACGGAAUCGCCAUAAAAAAUUCAGACAGCGUAAGCCGGCCUUUUAUAACAUACGCUACAUUGAGGAAAUGAGCUACACACGUGUUACUGCUCGGCGGACUUACAGGACUAACGACAUGCAGGAAUAUCCUAGCUUAGACCGCUGCAUAUGGUAUACGAUCAACGUGUACUUGAGGCAAUCGGCUAACAUUCCAUUCGAUGGUCAUCUUGCGAGGUUCUUUUCCAUCUUACUUUGGCUGUGCGCUACAUACGUUCUCGGUGAUGUCUAUUCCGCACAGCUAACAUCACAGCUAGCACGCCCGGCACGGGAAAGUCCUAUCAAUACGCUUGGGCGGCUAGAAAAUCGCAUGACACGUGAUGGGUAUGAGUUAUUGGUAGAACGCCAGAGUGCAUUCCAUGCUGCGCUAGUAAACUCUACCGGUGUAUUACAACGGCUUUACCGGCUGACAAGGCAGCGAUCGGUAAACGAUUCCUUUCUGGUCAAAUCCGUCGAGGAAGGCAUUCGUGUGCUGCAGAGUGACCCGAAAUACGCAGUCUUUGGAGGUCGUGAAACGUUAUAUUUCAACACCAAACGGUACGGUGCCAAUCGGUUUCAGCUAAGCGAGAAGCUGUACACGCGCUAUUCUGCCGUGGCCGUGCAGAUUGGGUGUCCAUUUUUGGACAGCUUGAACGACGUGUAUGUGUGUUCCGGAAGUAUAAAAUCGAUGCAUUAUGAGAUGGUGUACUAUUCAACAAUCUUCCUUCAUUUAAUUUCCAGCAUCAUGCGUCUGUUCGAGGCAGGUAUAGUGGAGAAAAUAACCAUAGCAGAGUACGAGCAGAUGUUCGGACGCCACAAGGGAAGCAUAUCGCACUCGGAAGAAACGGUGCGCUCUACCAAGUCUACCAAUUCCGAGUGUGACACAGAUGGUACCGGAAGCAAACGAAAGACGGACUCGAACGAUAAAUUGCAGCCAAUGAAUUUAAGAAUGUUGCAAGGCGCAUUUCUGGUGCUAGCGUGCGGUCACAUCCUGGGAGGAAUUUGUCUGUUCGUUGAAAGGCACAUUAAAAUGAUCAACAGUUGUGGAGAAACAAUCGGUCUUAUCGGGAGUAAACUUAAGUGUGUGAUUGAUCAACUCUGCCCACAAUGGAGGUGAUUCGUCUAUAAUUUAUAAUA